AUGGAAGGGCUUUUGUUCAACGUGGACAAUGGCUACAUUGAAGGCAUUGUUCGCGGAUACCGCAACGGCCUGUUGACGAGCGCCAACUAUAGCAACAUGGUCCAGUGCGAGACGAUAGAUGACCUCAAGCUUCAACUCGGCCCCUCCUAUGGCGACUUCCUCGCUUCUCUCCCUCCCAACCCAUCCACCUCAACGCUAGCAGCAAAGACAACCGACAAGCUUGUGUCGGAAUUCAAGUAUGUGCGGGCAAACGCCGUCGGGUCCCUGGCCAAGUUCAUGGACUACCUCACCUACGGCUACAUGAUCGACAAUGUUGCCCUCCUUAUCACAGGCACUCUGCACGAGAGAGAUACAAGGGAACUGCUGGACCGAUGCCAUCCUCUUGGUUGGUUUGAGACGAUGCCUGUGCUCUGCGUAGCGACCAACAUCGAGGAGCUGUACAACUCGGUGCUCAUCGAGACUCCCCUGGCACCAUACUUCAAGGGAAGCCUGAGCCAUCAGGAUCUGGACGAGCUGAACAUCGAGAUUGUGCGGAACACCCUGUACAAGAACUACCUCGAGGACUUCCACAACUUUGUCAACACACAUCCUGACAUGGCAGGCACACCGACCGCCGAAGUCAUGUCUGAGAUCCUCGAGUUUGAGGCUGACCGCCGGGCGGUCAACAUCACCCUCAACUCCUUCGGCACAGAGCUGUCCAAGGCAGACCGUAAGAAGCUCUACCCCAAUUUUGGACGGCUCUACCCGGAGGGCACCUUGAUGCUUUCGCGUGCCGACGACUUCGAGGGCGUGCGUCUGGCCGUCGACGGCGUGGCAGACUUCAAGACCUUCUUCGAGGCUGCCGGCCUGGGCGGUGGCCCUGCCGGUCCCGGCAACAUGGGUGGUGGUUCCGGUUCCGAUGGUAGGAGCCUCGAGGACAUGUUCUACCAGAAGGAAAUGGAGAUUUCCAAGAGCGCCUUCACCAGGCAAUUCACCUAUGCCAUCGUCUACGCCUGGGUCAAACUUCGAGAGCAGGAAAUCCGCAACAUUACCUGGAUUGCCGAGUGCAUUGCUCAGAACCAGAAAGAGCGGAUUGGAAACUAUAUCAGUGUGUUUUAA